CCGAUAGGUUCGUGACAAUCGCUGUAAAGAACGAUAUUCCUAAUUCAUUUUCAAAAUCGUGGUCAAUAUAAAUAGAGUUUUGUGGAAAACAUGUUAUACAUAUUAUUCGGCCAGUGCGAUGCACGUCGUCGAUUUAUUUUUCUUAUAUUAUUUUACUCAAAAAAAUCGACAUUUGAAAACUGGUGAACUUACUUAAAUCAAACAUUAAAAUAUCUGUGUUGUUGUGCUAAAAAAGAAGAAUCUUUUAGCUCGAUUUAGAGAGUGUUUGAAGGGACUUUAUUUACCAACCAAGAUAACCAUGGCUCCAGGCGCGUUGCAGCAGAGACAAAUGAUUUCAUCGCCAAGUAUUAAGCCACCACAGUUGAGUUUUACAUUCAAUACAAACGAUAAUCGGGCGACUGCGCUCUUUGGAGAUGCUGCUGGCUGCAUUACUCAUCAAGUUACACAGACUGAUUCACCGGUGUUGGUGAUAAAAACUCAUGCCGAAAUCAGGACUGACAACUAUCUGUUAAACACCAACUUCGAUGAUCUGGACCGGAUAAGGGAUACCAUGCAUCCGAGGGAUGUGGAAAAAGCCGUAAACAAGUAUUUGCUGUUCGUGGAAAACGCAGUAAAAGGGCUCGUUGCCGGCAAGUUCACCGAUGCCCAAAGACCGACUGUGCUCAACAAACUGUUGAACUUGUUGUGCCUGACGUCGUCUUUUCUUGAGCUCAAUAAUUUGCUGCGUAACAGGUUCAGGGAUUGUGGUGGAACGGAUUUGUUGAUAGAAAACUGUGUGUCCGAAGACCCGAGACUCCAAUACUCCAGCGCCAUGUUAUUGGUGGAAUGUCUCGACCCAGGAAAUCUGGACUACGUGGUGAAUCACGGUCUGAUUAAAAUCAUGCAUGUGGUGCACGCGUACCAAAAGAAGAGAACUGCCAACCAAUCGAAAGUCAGCACUGGUUUACUAGCAAAAUUAUUCGAACACAGUGAAAGUACGUGUAUGCGUGUUAUCCAACUGCACGGGUUAGACGUACUUUUGGCGGAAUGCAAGAGUCGAGAUAUCGUAACCCUGCGAAAUUGCGCUCGUGCACUUGCAAAUUUAUCGAUGUACGGAGGCACUGACGUUCACGAUCAGAUGGUCCGUCAUCAUGCACACACCUGGCUGUUUACGUUGGCGUUCAACCAGGACAAUAGUGUCAAAUAUUACGCCCUGCUGGCCACAGCCGUAUUGGCGGCCGACAGGACCAUCGAGGCGGCCAUGGCCAACUGCGAUACCCUGGAUCUGAUCGACCCCUUCGUAACCACACACGUUCCAGCGGAUCUCGUCGAAAUCGGUGCCCUAGUCGGUCCUGUCUUAGGCCAAGGGCGGCGUUGGCUGCAGUGUCUCGUCCCGGUUUUGAGCUGCGACCGCCGUGAGGCAUACACAUUGGCUGCCUUCCAUUUUUGCGCCGAAGCCGUUUCUUCGAGUGAGCUUCGUCACGGCGACAUAGCAGGAACUUUCAGGACUAUCGGCGCCGUAGAACCGUUGAUGAAGUUGGCCGGUUCCAUCGACGACGUGACUUCCGGGUUAGCGGCACAAGCGUUGCGGAGUAUCGGCGAACGAGUUCCGCGGCCGCUCAGCCAGAAAGUUCCGCUGUGGAAGGUCGAAGACGUCGUCCAGUGGACCAAAAGUAUUGGUUUCGGAGAAUGGGCCGGCUUGGUGAACGACAAGAUUAACUUUGCGGAUGGCGAUUGGCUGUUGAUGGUGACCGAAGAAUGCUUGAAAGAACGCUUUGGGAUACCCAACGGAAUUAUGCGAAAAAGAUUUAUGAGAGAAUUACACAAGUUAAAACAGUUGGCCGAUUAUAGCUGUAUAGAUUCGACCAAUUUAAAGUCAUUUUUACAAUCGAUUGGAUCAGAGUUUUCAGUUUAUACGUAUAAUAUUUUGAGUGCUGGGUUCGACAGUGAAUCGAUCAGGUUUAUAACGGAUGAUCAGCUAGCAUACAAGUGCGGAAUUGCAAACGGUAUUCAUCGCAAUGUGAUAUUAAACUCUAUCAAAUGUAGAAUGAAGUAUGAAUAAUUAAAUGAAUAAUUGUUUUAUUGAUUUCACUUAAAUGGAUACAUUAACCAUUUGCAUGAAAAGGAAACCAAACCUUUGCAGAAUUUAUCAUAUAUCUUAUUCGACCAAGUGAAUCUUAACUUGUUAGUUAGUAAACCUAUUAAAAAAUAAUCAUACAUUCGAACGAUACCAGGCCUUUCAUUAAAUCUUAGUUAAUUUUACAUUUAGCUUUAAAUAUUUCCAAUUUUUUAUUGGUUUUUAUUUAAUCACCGUAGGUUAGGUUAGAGUAGUUUUCUAAUAUUAUAAGUUAUAUUUUAACUUAUAACGUUAUUCAAAAUUAGUCUAACUGAUUUUUUUUACAUUGUUUUAAGUUUUACCAUAUGGGAACUUAGUAUAAGCUAUACUCAUUAUUAACUUACAUACCCUACUUUCAACUUUGACCACUUUAGCAUUGGACAUCUUAUUAUUGUUUAAAUAAAGUUGUUUUUGUUUUUAAUAAUUUUAAAAUGUAUAAUAUAAUUAUAAUAUUAUCUUCUUAAUGAAUUUUAUAAUUUGAGUUGUGUAGUAUGUAAAUUGCAGACGUUAGUGUUGAAAAGCAAUAACGUUCUCGUAGUAAAAAUUCAAAAUUAAUGAAAUUAAUUUUCUCAACUUUGGGAACCUGACUGAUUUUUAAUAUUAUAUCAAAUUUAGUGUGUACAAUUUAUAUUAUGUAUAAUGAUAAGUUACCAUAAUAUAUGUAAGCCCAAAAACAACUUUGCAAUUAAGUGCAGUUGUAUUGGGAUUUUUGAAUUUGAUGCUUUUUAUGUAUUAUGUAUGAAAUAGGUAAUAAAAAAAAAAUUAUAACGCUUU